GUCGGUCGGAUCUUAGUAUAAUAGCAAUGGUGGUGGAUUCUUUUGUUUGUAGCAAGUUUAAUUUUGCUUUAAGGUUGCGUAGUGAGCUUGUGAGGGUGGAAAAGUGGAAUCUAGGGAAUGUUUUUGAGGAACUGUGAAGCGAUGUUACCUGUGGAUUGAAUUCAAUUAUUCUUCUGCAUGCAUACUUUUCAAUCGAUUGGUAGUUGGCAAGUCGCAAUCUAGCGUGCACGAAAAUAGAUUUUGUUUUCCGUCAUUUGAUUAUUCACUUGAAGAUUAUGUGUUGUGCGGUUCUAGGAGAGCUGAUUAUUCACUUUGGAAGAAAAAUUAUCGUGGAUCCGUAUUAGUUGUGGUUUACAAUCGUGGGUUUAUAGAAAUAAGCCCAAACUAAGGACUCUUUGAUUGUGGCAUGAUUGAGUCCAUGCAGAGCGUCUAUGGCCGAUCAACCUAACUGUGUGUUCGGGGGGUCUGACUUGCAGUCCAAUUCAACAGGGGCCACCGCCAGACGCACUGAGACAAGAGGCAGGUCCCGAGGCAGGCCCAGGAAGCGCCCCAGCGAGGCCCACCCCCGGGAACCCAGCAGGAAGCGCACUCGCCAGAGCACAGGCGGGGCAGGCGCGGCGCCCCCAGCCAGCGCGAGCAGGAGCCCCGCUACGGCGUCGGCCAGCGGCAGGGCUGGCACUCGCAGCAGGCCGCUGCCCACGGACGCUCCGAGCGUUGGGGGCCGUGGCGGAGCGAGGGGUCGGGGCGCAGACAAGGGCGCUCGAGGGCGAGGCAGCAGGGCCGCCGAGGUCGAGCUCGCCGCCGGCCGUGGCAAGGUCGAGGCGAGGGGCAGGGGCCGGGGAAGCGUGUCGCGACGAGGCAGCAGGGGCCCCGUGACCUCGCUCGCCGCCGCGGACGAGACCCGUGCCGCCGGAGCGGCCAGGAGCUCGCGCAAGUGCGCGGACUCCAACAGAAGCAAGAGCUCCGACUCCGACGACAAGAGGUUGCAGGCGAGCGUCGACCCCGCGACGGGGGCCGUUCGCAAGGGCGGCGUCGCGAGCCAGCCGCAGGCCAACAACAGGAGCUACAAGUACAAGAAGAACUGCGAGGCCAUAUCGACGGGGGGACCCUGGUCGGUGUGCGUGCACAAGAGCAAGAGCAUCUCCGCGGACUCGGCAGCGCCGGAGAGCGGUGCUAGCAAGGGGCACGGCUCCUCGCCCACCAUCCUCCACGACAGUGCAGACAAGGCCCCGCAGCCGGUGAAGAAGUACCCGCUGCGCAGUCAGGUGCACCUGAGCGACUGUGGCAGUCUCCUGCCCCGCCGCCCCACGGUGGUGCCCAAGAAGAAGGCCAAGGUCGCGGCUGAGGCGCCCUGCCCAGUGGACACUCACGAGUUGCGACGCAGCGCACUCCGCAAGGCCACCACGGGGUCCUGUGCCAGCAGCAGUCGUCGCUCGUCCCGGGCCAGUAAGACUCCCCUGCCAGGGACCGUAGCUGCCUCCUCGGCCAGCGGCGCGACCGGCAUGUCGGCCCAGGGGCAGGGCGACCCCGGCAGCGCGGCCAACGGCAUCCCUCUGCCCUCCAGCUCGACCAGCGCCGAGGAGGCCGUGCAGACCGCCUCCAGCGCGGCCAAUGUGCCGGCCGCGGGGAGCGCGGGCAGCGGGCCCUCGGGGCUGGGGGCCUCGGCAGCGGACAGCGAGAGCGACGACAGCGAGGUGGGGCGGCUGCAGCAGCUGCUGGAGUCGCGGGGCCUGCCCCCGCACCUGUUCGGAGCCCUGGGGCCUCGCAUGCAGACCCUCCUGCAGCGCAGCAUGGGGGCCAGCUCGUCGUCCAAGGCCCAGCAGCUGCUGCAGGGGCUGCAGGCGGAGGGGGACGAGGGACAGCAGCUGCAGGCCGUCAUCGAGAUGUGCCAGAUGCUGGUGAUGGGCAACGAGGACACGCUGGCGGGCUUCCCCGUCAAGCAGGUGGUGCCCGCCCUCAUCACGCUGCUCGGCAUGGAGCACAACUUCGACAUGAUGAACCACGCGUGCCGCGCGCUCACCUACAUGAUGGAGUCUCUGCCGCGCUCGUCGGCGGUGGUGGUGGACGCCGUGCCGGUGUUCCUGGAGAAGCUGCAGGUGAUCCAGUGCAUGGACGUGGCGGAGCAGUCGCUCACCGCGCUGGAGAUGCUCUCGCGGCGCCACAGCAAGGCCAUCCUGCAGGCCCGGGGCGUGUCGGCCUGCCUCAUGUACCUGGACUUCUUCAGCAUGAUCGCCCAGCGCGCGGCACUGGCCAUCACGGCCAACUGCUGCCAGAACCUGGGCGCGGAGGAGUUUGCGCUGGUGGCGGACUCGCUGCCGCUGCUGGCGGGCCGCCUCGGCCUGCAGGACAAGAAGAGCGUGGAGAGCGUGUGCCUGGCCUUCAGCCGGCUGGUGGACAGCUUCCAGCAGGAGCCGUCGCGCCUCACGGAGAUCGCCGGCCCCCAGCUCCUCGCCAACACGCAGCAGCUGCUGGUGGUGUCCCCGCCGGUCAUCAGCACGGGCACCUUCAUCACCGUGCUGCGCAUGCUGUCGGUGAUGUGCGCCAACUGCCCGGACCUGGCGCUCACGCUGCUCAAGCAGGACAUCGCGGAGACGCUGCUGUACCUGCUCACCGGCUCCGGGGACGCCGUGCAGGACGAGGUGGAGCUGGUGGCACGCAGCCCCCAGGAGCUGUACGAGAUCACCAGCCUGAUUGGGGAGCUGAUGCCCCGCCUGCCGCAGGACGGCAUCUUCUCCGUCAACUGCCUGCUGGAGCGCCCCAGCCACGCGGUGCCCGACACGGUGCAGUGGCAGUGGAGGGACGACCGCGGCCUGUGGCACCCCUACAGCGUCGUCGACACCCGCACCAUCGAGGCGGCCCACCAGAGUGGAGAGGAUGAGAUAAGCCUUUCGACUCUUGGCCGCACUUACACCAUCGAUUUCCACUCAAUGCAACAGAUAAACGAAGACUCUGGCACCACCCGGCCGGUGCAACGCCGUAUAAACCCGACCAACAACGUGGUCAUGGACGACACUGCUGCCAACCUCACAGGCUCGUCGGUGAGCGUGGGCGUCGUGUCGUCGUCCUCGCAGCCCUCCAGCAACGCGGCGGUGGCCGGCUCGCUCAGCUCCAACUCGGAGAGCAACCUGAGUGUCAGCAGCGGCAACAGCAACAGGACCGCCGGUGCUGGCAGCGUGCGCGGGGAUGCGCGGGUGGCGUGCCUGCGCGAGGAGCGCGGUCUGGCCGCGUCCUUCAUCCGCUCGCUGUUCAGCGUGCUGUACGAGGUGUACAGCUCGUCUGCCGGCCCGGCGGUGCGAUGCAAGUGCCUGCGCGCCCUGCUGCGCAUGGUCUACUACGCCUCGCCCGACCUGCUCAAGGAGGUGCUGAAGAACCAAGUGGUGUCUAGUCAUAUCGCUGGGAUGAUGGCGUCGCAGGACCUCAGGAUAGUGGUCGGGGCGCUGCAGAUGGCCGACAUACUCAUGCAGAAACUACCCGACGUGUUCGGAGUGCACUUCCGCCGAGAAGGCGUGAUGCACCAGAUCAAGCAGCUGGCGGACCCGGAGGUGCCCCUGGGAGCGUCCCCGCCCAAGAGCAACGCGGUGGUGAAGGUGGAGCCCACGGUGCAGGCGAUCCAGCCCCAGCCGGGACCGUCGUCUGCCUGCAGCCUGGUGUCGCUCCAGGCGGCCAGCCUCAACGGCAGCAUCGUGCUGGGAGCGACGAGCGUGGGCGGAGGCCUGGUGUUCUCCCCGGGCCCCAGCACCUCCCUGCCCCCCCGCAAGUUCCCCCAGCAGGAGCUGCUGCCCGUGGACGGGGACGACGCUCGCUCCCAGAGCCCCUCGCAGCUGCGGCUGACUGACGUGCUGAAGCGAAAGCGCAGCACGCCCAAGCGCAUGGUGACCUCCAGCCGCAAGACGAGGCAGGACGACAACAUGUCCUCCUCCAUGAUGCAGGAUCUCUUCACUAAAGCCACGUCGCUGGGCGCGUCGGGCCGGUCCACGCCCACCGGCACGGCCAGGUCGCGCUUCGCGGGGGCGACGUCGAAGACCACCAGCUUCCUGGCCAGCCUGAACCCCGCUCGCUGGGGCCGCAGCUUCACCGCCAACCUGGCCGACCGCCCCUUCCACAAGGAGUCUUCCAUGUCCAAGUCCACCAGCAACCCGAACCUGACGGCGGGCAACAAGGAGAAGGCACGUGCGUGGGUGCGUGAGCAGGCAGCGCGGUUCAUCGACACGCACGGCGUGAGCGAGAGUGGCGGCACGCCUCACCCGGCCUUGUCCGUGCUGUCCCGCCUCAAGGCCGCCAUCCACAAGCUGCAGACGCAGCCGGGCGAGAGCUUGUCCGCCCUGGAGGAACUGCGGGGCAUACUGACGCAGUCUGACAUCUCACCCUUCGAGGUGAACCACAGCGGCCUGAUCAGCGCGCUGCUGCAGUACCUCAGCCUGCCCGACGCCGGCCGCGACCAGCGCCUGCGCAACUUCCUGCACGUCUUCGUGGGGCUGCCGCUGGACGGGGCACACUGCGGGCCGGCCCCGCUCUGGAACUCCGCCUGCAUGUCUGCGCUGGUGGCCAAGCUGAGCGGCUGCGUGUCCCAGCUGGAGCAGUUCCCCGUGAAGGUGCACGACCUGCCCGCGGGCUCCGGCUCGGGACGCGGCGGGGGCACCAGCGCCCUGCGCUUCUUCAACACCCACCAGCUCAAGUGCAACCUGCAGCGCCACCCCGAGUGCAGCAACCUGAAGCAGUGGAAGGGCGGGACGGUGAAGAUCGACCCGCUGGCCCUGGUGCAGGCCAUCGAGCGCUACCUGGUGGUGCGCGGCUACGGCCGCCUCAAGGACAAGGACUCGGGCGACUCGGACGAUGACAACACGGACGAGGACAUCGACGACACCCUGGCGGCGGUGGUGAUCAGCCAGGGCACGGCCAGGCACCGCCUGCAGUUCGUGAUCGGGGAGCAGGUGCUGCCCUACAACAUGACGGUGUACCAGGCGGUGCGGCAGUUCAGCCUGGCCGGCAACGACCAGUCGGAGACGGACACAGACAACGAGGCCCCGCUCGGCAACUCGGGCGUCUGGGUCCACACCCACACCAUCUACUACAAGCCGGUGCCGGAGGACGACUGCAACAUGAACAGCAAGCCGGGGUCGAGCGGUGCCUCGGGACGCAAGGGCAAGGGCACCAGCACCAAGGCCAACACGCGCGGCCGCAAGGCAGACGAGCUCUGGAACGAAGGCGUGGUGCCCGCGCUGCAGUCGCCGCUGGCCCCCUUCCUGGUGCCGCAGCUGCCCGACACGGUCACCGUCCAGGACGCGUCCCUGGAGGUGCUGUGCCUGCUGCGCGUGCUGUGUGCGCUCAACCGGUACUGGAGCGCGCUGUACCCCGCCAUGGCCUACACGCCCGUCAUCAGCCAGCAGGAGUUUGUGAACAGCAAGGUGGCAGCGAAGGCCAGUCGCCAGCUGCAGGACCCGCUGGUGAUCAUGACGGGCAACCUGCCGUCGUGGCUGCAGCAGAUUGCCACCGCGUGCCCGUUCCUGCUGCCGUUCGAGACGCGGCAGCUGCUGCUGUACGCCACGUCGUUCGACCGCGACCGGGCGCUGCAGCGCCUGCUGGACUCGACCCCGGAGCUGAGCGGCUCGGACUCCCAGGAGCGCGUGACGCCGCGCCUGGACCGCCGCAAGCGCAUCAUCUCGCGGGAGGACAUCCUCAAGCAGGCGGAGCACCUGAUGCAGGAGCUGGCGUCGUCCAAGGCCCUGCUGGAGGUGCAGUACCACGACGAGGUGGGCACCGGGCUGGGACCGACGCUGGAGUUCUACGCGCUGGUGUCGCGCGAGCUGCAGCGCGCAGACCUGGAGCUGUGGCACGGAGAGCGAACUAGCAACCCGGGCACGACCAGCUACCUGUACUCCCCCGUGGGGCUGUUCCCCGCCCCCCUCGGCCGCUCCACCAAGUCCACCCACCUCGCACGCGUCAAGAGCAAGUUCCGCUUCCUCGGCAAGUUCAUGGCCAAGGCCGUCAUGGACUCCCGCAUGCUGGACCUGCCCCUGAGCCUGGCCUUCUACCGCUGGCUGCUGGGCCAGGAGGGCUGCCUGUGGUUGGCCGACCUCUCCCAGGUGCACCCCGAGGUGCACCGCACGCUGCUGCGGCUGCAGGAGGUGGCGCGGCGCCGGGACGCCCUGGAGCGCAACGCGGCCCUGGCGCCGGCCGACCGCCGCCAGGGGCUGGAGAGGCUCGGCCUGGACGGCUGCCCCGUGCAGGACCUGGGGCUGGACUUCACGCUGCCCGGCCACGCCGGCGUCGAGCUGCGACGCGGCGGCAAGGACCUGCCCCUCGCGCUCUCCAACGUCGACCAGUACGUCAAGCUGGUGUGCCACUGGUACCUGCAGGAGGGAGUGGCCCGGCAGAUGGAAGCGUUCCGGGAGGGCUUCGAGUCGGUGUUCCCGCUGGCGCAGCUGCAGAUGUUCUACCCGGAGGAGCUGGAGCUGGUGUUCUGUGGCGGGGGCGUGGCCCAGGGCGGCUGGGACGUCAAGACCCUGAUGGAGUGCUGCCGGCCCGACCACGGCUACACCGCCGACUCCCGUGCCAUCCGCUUCCUCUUCCAGGUCCUGAGCGCCUACAACCGCGAGGAGCAGCGCCUCUUCGUGCAGUUCGUCACCGGCUCGCCGUGCCUGCCCGUCGGAGGUUUCAAGAGCUUGUCCCCGCCCUUCACGGUGGUGCGCAAGACGCUGGAGCCCAACAUGAACCCCGACGACUACCUGCCGUCCGUGAUGACGUGCGUCAACUACCUCAAGCUGCCCGACUACUCGUCGCUGGAGGUGAUGCGGGCCAAGCUGGGGCUGGCCGCCCGCGAGGGCCAGCACUCCUUCCACCUCUCCUAGUUCGCGCCGGCGCGCCACGAACUCUCUGUCUCGCGUCCGUGCACGAACAUCGCCCGAGGUAUUAGAUUCAUGUCAUUUGGGGGGGGCUCUAAAUUGUUCAACAUCAGUUUUGGCUACGGAAGUGUGGGGUUAGUUUUUUAAAACUGCAGAUUGAAGACUAUUCUACAUGAAGAGCUAUGCAAGACCUAGUCCUUUGAAGGUUUUUUUUUAUUGCGUUAUGAGUGUACCUUGUUUCUUUUGUACCUCCGCCAGUAUGUUGUGAUUUUCUUUAGUGAAUACACCGUAAAGUAGCUUGCAAAUAAACACUGGUAAGUAAUUUCUUGUAGUUUUGAUAUCUCGUUUCAAAAUAUGUCAACACUUUCACUGCUGAACCUGAUAUUUUUACAUUUCGAUGGAAACUAAAUUUGGGAAAUCCUUCCCAGAUAUUUAUGUCUCUGAGGGCUGAAGUGAUUAUUGUUAUAAUAGCUGAAUCUUUUCUGUGCAAAGAAUGUUGCUCAGGUUUUGUACACUAAGGAGGAAUACUUCUGAAUUUUAAAUGUACAUUUUAUGUAGUGGUGAGUACGGCUGGCUAAGUUGACAAAAAUAUUUGAAAUAGAUUAGAAUUCAGACCUGAAAAUAAUUUCUACCCAGAUGUUAAAAGGACCUCUAAUUUGUAAGUUUUAUAAACUAUUCUGUAAGACAUAAACUCCCAAAAAAAAAACUUAUCAAUAUUAACAAUUUCUUUUUCCUGUCGUAACAGCAUUAUUUAGGCUCCCAGUUUUUGGAAUGCCGUUGAACUUGUUUUCUAUGUGGCAUAGAAAUUAUUCUUGGAUUUAAUGGAUUUUAUUUUUCAGUAGACUUUUCUGUGAGACAGAAAAAUAUAUUUCAUGGAAUUCUUUGAAUUUUUAAAUGUCACUGCAAACUUCACUAUUAAAAUUUUUAGGGACAGUUAUAUUUUUUUUGUCCAUUAUGGAAGUGCUUGAAUUAGCACAGGUAGGUUUUCUCAAUUUCAAGGAAAAACUGUUUGGUCGUGGUGUGAGUCGCAUAAUUUCUGUGAGAGGGAAUGUGAGCAUCUCUUAGCAAACAGCUGGCAGAGCGUCUGCAGAUGCAGUUUUCUUACGUGUUUGACAGCCUUGUGAGCUCAGUGUGUGGCUGUCCAUACUAGUUCAUAUUUUUAGUUAAGUUCCGAGAAGCUGUGUGUAGUGAAAGUGUUGUCAUGUCAUAAGUGCUUUGAACCACACAUUUUUAUUCCUGGUGUUCCAAUUAAACUGAAGAUCAUUAAAUCACACAUUUCAUAAAUAUACUGAAGGAAAUGUUAUCUGUGAAGACAGCAUAAUGAGAGAAUAUACUUGUAAAAUAUAGUGAAAUUUGUUUGGUUUGUUUUUAAAUUAUAUUAUGCCUGUUGCUGUAUCUUAUGUACACCUUUAAUUUAACAGUUUAUGUUGAGAUGUCUAAAAGAUAUUGGUAUGAAUUGCGUAAAUAAAAUAUUUGCAAGUCCGUGA